AUGUCAUGCAAUGAUAAAACAUCAGCAGAUUAUUAUCUAUUGCAAUUAUUUAAAAAGCAUGAUAAUGAGGAUCUCACAUAUGGCUUUUUAAGAGGUGAUUCAAUAGAAGAAAAUGCAAAAGACCCAAUAGCUCAUCGUCAUAUUUAUGUUAACCCCAAAACACUGGACUAUAAUACCACUACAACUCCACAACCAUCAACACAAACAGAAUACGAACCAGUAUGGGAAUCUCGAUCAACAGAGCAUAAAAAAAUAGCUAACAACACAGGAAAUAGUUACACUACAAUGGAAGGGAGGUCUGUGCCAAAAUCAACAAGGGUUAAACAGCAAGUAAACCAUUAUGCUUAUCAAGAAUUUGAUCCGUUAAAAUCCCCUGGUCAUUCGCCAACAACGUCAAGACAAGACAAAGCAUCGCCGAAAUAA